AUGAGUAUCAUUUUACGCUCAACUCGAUUUGCAAAAGAGCUUUCGAAUUCUAGCGGGAAAGACUCAGCGUAUUUAAGCGCGAACUCUGAAAGCGAAGCCUCCUAUGAGCAAAUUCGCGCCGACCUCAUUUUCACUGAAUUAUCGUAUUAG